UACGGACUACGGAAGCAGAUGAUCCAGUGGCGGCGACGAGAAGGUCCGCACGCAGAGCGGCAAACACCGCGGAGAGCUGAAGCUUUGGAGGAUACACACACAGACACACACAUAUUGGAUCGAGAUGCUGGGAUCAUCCGGCGCAGACACCAGCCUAAUACAUGUGGAAUACUUGGACUAAAUAGGACACCCCAGUAAAGCAGGACAGGAGAGCAUCUGUGGUCCAGAUGAAGUGCUUGCUGAUAGCAAGUGAGAGCGCUGAGGUCCUGUUUCACUGGACUGACCCAGAAUUUCAGCAGAAUGUCCAGGAGCAGUAUGGGGCGUCUCAGGAGGAGGGCCAGGGGCUUCCAGCCUUCGAGGACAGCAUCAGCACCCUGUUUGCUCCCAUCAUCAUCUCCUGCAGCACCAUGGUGGACAGGCUGGGUGACAGCUACACCUCCUUCACCACAGAAAACAACCACAUCUAUGUCCUAGACCAGUUCGAUGAGUGUCUUUACAUUGCUGUGAAUGGAGAUGGCGAGGAGGGAGAGGAUGAUCUGAGGAGGAAGAUCUAUGUGAUGAAGAAGAUGAUCGAGGUCCUGUUUGGCAUGGUCACCCUCAGCAGUAACCUCCUCAGGAAAGAGCUGCGGCCUCAGGACACGGAGCAAAGAGCGAGGCUGUGGAAGUAUCUGCAGGGCCUGCUGGAGACCUACAGCCACCUCAGAGAGAACGACCAGAGCUUCUUAGUGGAGGCAGUGGAGAGACUGAUCCACCCCACACUGUGUGAGCAGUGCAUUGAGUUCCUGGAGCGCCGUUUAGUUCAGCAGCUCAACAGCAGCGUGGAGAGAGCAGGAGAGGAGGUGCUGCACGCCUUCAUCCUGGUCCACACCAAGCUGCUCGCCUUCUACUCCAGCCGCAAUGCGAGCACACUCACCACCUCAGACCUGCUGGCCCUGAUCAUCAUGGCUCAGAAUAUGUAUCCUAGCAACGUAGACCAGGAUGACUCAGGUCCCGAGGAUGUUGAGAGUACUUCCGGUUCUGGUCAUGAAAGUUUUUACACCCCAGAGCCGUCCCCUACAGACAGAGACUCAAGCAGUUCAGAAAAGCCAGAGAGUGGAAGUACCCCUGUGUUUGAGUUUAUGGACCCAGACAUCCAGAUGGCAGAGGACAGCUUGCAGACUUUGGUGGUUCCUCCUCCUGACCCUUCAACCCCUCGCAGAGUCUUCUUAGAGAUCGUAGGCAAGGAUGGGCUAUAUCCCAUGAUGCCUCACUCCAUGUACUGUCUGCCACUGUGGCCUGGCAUCACUCUAGUCCUACUAACUAAGAUUCCCACCAACGCAGUUGCCACAUCAGUGUAUAGGUUUUUGGAGGCGUUCGCCAAGCUGGAGAAACAUUUAAGCCAAGGUCAAGAAGGUUCUGCUGCCACUAGAGGCCAGCUGUCCAUACACGACAUCCGAGGCAAACUGGAUAAAUUCAUUAAAGCCCUGGGGCCUAGUGAGUUACAGUCUGCACAGUUACAAAAUGUCUGGACAGAGUUCAAGAACCGAGCAUUUGCCCGAGGAGGACCUGGGUUCAACAAAGAUCUUAUCCCGUGGUGUAAGAAUAUGAAGACCCAGCUGUGUGGCAUAUACCGACAGUGUUUUCUUAUUGACUCUGGACCAGCCGACAUUCCUCAGCGACUCUCCCCGGGUUUGCAGGAACGAGCCCAGACCAUGGUGCAAGAGAAACUGAUGGACUGGAAGGACUUCCUGUUGGUGAAAAGCAAGAGGAAUAUCACCAUGGUGUCUUACCUGGAGGAUUUCCCUGGCCUCAUCCAUUUCAUCUGCGUGGACCGAUCCACGGGCCAAAUGAUUGCGCCGUCGCUCAACAUCACAGAACGCACCACUUCUGAGCUGGGGAAAGGACCGGUGGCUCAGUUCAUCAAAAGCAAGGUGUGGAGCCUGGUCAGCACAACACGUCGCUUUCUCCGGAAGGGCUACUCCACCGUCACGUUGCGCGAUGGAGAUUUCUACUUCUGCUACUUCCUCUGGUUUGAAAAUGAAACGGGCUACAAGUUAGAAGCAGGGGAUAUACCCAUCCUUCCUGAUGACUCUGCCCCCAUUGGGAUGCUUGCCUGGGACUACUACAGCAGGAAGCUGCUGCGGUACUACAGUAAAAAUCACCAGGGUGAGGUGGUGAAGUGUUACGAGCUGCUGACAGUUCACCUGGGGGUCAUCCCCACCGAGAUCAUCCUCCAGCACUGCAGACAGCUGGCAAGCAAACUGUGGGAGCCUUCGCGCAAUCCGUUGCUGUAGACACACCUGCACCCUUGAACUGAGUGACCGUAGAUGCACAUUUGUUGUAUGGCCAAGAAAAAAAAAAAAAAACCACACGUGUCCCGUAAUAUGAUGACCUAAAAUUAUUUAUUGUAAGCACUUAAGUUUAUGAUUAGCACAAUCGAACGCCAUUGUGCACUUAUGCACUAUUUUAUGUCUUGUGUGACGUAUAUUGACAGUUUCACUCAUUAAUUUUUGUAGAUUGUAAUAUAUUCUUGGAUACUCAUUAAGACCUGUUCCCUAUUUAGUAACACUGUAGAUGGUUACACUGUAUGUUUUUUUCCCCCACUUUAAAAAAAAAAAAUUGCAGCUGAUCAAUUUUUAUAAAUGCAGAUACUGUCCAUUUUUGUCUUUACUACUGGUAUUGUCAUAAUGAAAGAAUGAAACAUGCGAUAGUC